AUGAGUUCGAAUUCCGAACGUCCAAAAUAUCAUAUAGCGCUUAGUCCAGAUGGACAAAAUAUUGCUACAUUUAAUACAGUGACCUUGGAGUUGAAUAUAUGCGAUACACAUAAUUUGGAAUCUAUAAAAACGAUAAAAUUCAAAGGAUUUAACAAUAUAAACCCAUCAAAUCCUCGGCUAACUUGGUCAUUGGCGAUUUCCAAUUCUAUAAGCCUUGGUACUCGUUUUGACACAUUAAUCGGUAUUUCAUGCUUCGAACAAAAUAAUCGGAAAUACUAUGCAAAAGAUUUAAUUUCUCGAGGAACUCUGGAAGAUUCAUCAUUUGAUAAUGUAGAUAAUGUAGAACAAGGUCGUUCACUCAUAUCCAAAGUGAUUCCACGUACUUGGGUUCUUUCAAAAUUGUAUCAAGAUAGAUUAAUAACUUCAUUGGAUGAAAUUGGUGGAGUCAUACGGUUUCUCACUAAUCCUCCAUCUCAAGCAAAUGACUAUUUAGACUUGGUGAUAAUUCACGAGGAGGGAAUCUCAAAAAUCAAGAUCGAAAAUAAUUACGUAACUAGAUCCGGAUUCUUUGAUCAAAAUAAAUCAAACCACCUUUCAGAAGAUUUCUUAUUUCCAACUGUUAUUUCCAACCAGAUUGAUGUUAUUAAAGCUAUUGAUGAUCCUAAACCAAAGUUACAAUUAUUUCAUCGGAGUAUAGAAAAAAACUAUUUUAUAGUAGAAAAUUAUAAAAUAGAUUUGGUUGAAAUGUAUGAUCUAAAAACUAGUAGACUCUAUAAAACUUUUCAUGCACGAAGAGAAGGUCAUUUGAUUGCAAAUGGAAAUUCAAUUGUUGAAGUUUCGAAAAAUGAUGUGUUAAUGGCAUAUUGUCGGGGUUCUAAUAGUAUAACGAUAUAUUUGAUGGAAAAUACAUUGGAAAUUGUAACAAAAAUAUUUCCAAAUCUUUAUAGAAUAAACUCGAUAGAUUUUAUUCAUAAUGACGAAAAAUUACUUUUAGUUGGAGAAGAAGAGAAGAAUAGUGGAUCAUCGGAAUUGAUUACAGUUAUUGUGAUUUGGGAUUUAUUUAGUACAAAUGACAAUGAUAUUAGAACUUUUUAUGAUACUGAAAAUUUAAUUCCAGCAAAACUUCAAGAAUCUUUUCACAAAUUUUCCAGCGCUAGUGGAACUAUUGUUUGCGUUAAUGAAGAUACUGGAAAUGUAAUUUCAAUUGUUGAUCAUCCCUCUCUACAAGAUACUUUGAGCCCACCUCCGAUUUCUCCGUCAAAACUUACUCAAUUGAAUUUUCGGGAGGCUCGAGAACAAAUGGAUCAAAUUUAUCAUCUAAUUUUUACUCAAAAUGGAAAAUCCUUUGAUGCAAAACAAGAACCAAGAAAUAUGAUUGUUGUACAUGGCAUAGAGCCUUGGGUUCGCUAUAAGCAAUAUCCUCGUAUAUCAGCUUAUCUUAAUAAAGAUAAGAAUCAUCAAGUAAUUAUUGGACUAACAACAAUACAAGUAUGGAGGAGAGAAAAUAAUGGUUCGAAUAAAAGAAGUUUAGAGUACAUCUGGACAAGUCCUGAAAAUACAACAUUUGAAAUUCAAAGUUUUUCAAUUGGUAAUGGGGAAUUUUUCAUAGAUUUAUCGUUGCACGAUACAGGUGAACAUGUCCAAAUUCAUUGGCCUCAUACGUGUCACACUUUGAGAGAUGCGUGUAACGCCCUUGAAUAUCUUUAUUAUAGACGAAAUGAACCAGAAUCAAUUAAGAAAAAGCGUAUGUUUAAUAUGAUAGUUAAUCAAACAAGUGAUAUUUUAAAAAGAAUCAUAGCAACAAACCCAGAUCUUUGGAGUUUAACUGAUGCUAGAUACGAAAUAAUGCAAUCUUUGAUUCGUGGAAGAUGUGUUUCUAUGAUUCAAAGUAUUUUAUCCGAAAGUUUUCAAGGAACUAAUUCAAAAAUGGGAAAAAUUUUGCAUUUUCCCAGACUACAUGAAUGGCCUUUGAUACCAAAAAAAAGUGAUUUACAACUGGCUAUUGAGUGCUCUGGAGAUAAUCGUAAAGAUACUGUUAUAGUUGGAUAUCUCUUGAAUUAUUAUUCUGAUAAUGCGAUAAAUAAUGCUGGUUGGAUGUUUUCCGUUUCUCAAGCACUUCCAGAAUUAUACGAUAAUAAUAUGGAUUAUUAUGUAAAAGAAUUAUUUCAUAAACCAUGUUUUGGCGCAAAAGAAAUACACAUCGACAUGUCUUUUAUAAAUCCCCAAGAUUUGCUUGAAGCACAUUACAAAUCUAUUUAUGCUUUAGGUGUCUACCCGGCUCUUUUACGUAAAUCGAAGAUUAUGGAUCCGGUAAAACUUAAAAAAAAUUUAUCCCAUAUUCAAAGAAUUUCGAGUUUAAAAGGCAUGUUAUCGUUCGAAGAAAUUGCUAGAGAAGCGGAAGAAACAAUCAUAGAUAAAAAACUUGGAUUUUAUGAUAUUAUUAAACGUGGUCAAACAUCCUUGUUAACUAAUUUGCUUGUUGUACCGCUUCCAGGCGCUAUUAAAGAUCAUAACAAAGUUCCUUUCAUAUUACGAUUUCUAAAAAUAUUAAUUUGGCCACGUGGAUAUGCCAUCACUGAAGACACAAAUUGUAGUCCAUUCCUUCGUGCAAUCCGUCGUGAUAAUAGUGAUGAAUUAUUUAGUAAUCCUGCGAUAGCAGCGAUAAUCGAUUAUAAAUGGUCAACAGCUCGUAACCAUUUUUUACGUCACGCUUUUAUUUAUAUUGUGUUCGCUAUCUUAUUCUCGGUCCUUACUGGAUUGACAGAUGAUGGAUUAAAUUUAGAACCUUUUAUGAAUAGGAAUUUAUAUUUAGGGAUCUUUAGAUAUAUUAGUAUGUACAACUUACUAGACUUGGCGUCUUGCCUUCUACCAAUGUGCCUGGUCAUUACGUCGAAUGUAUAUGUGUUGCUUGAAUCUACUGAUUCACUUCCAAAAAGACCGUAUAGCAUUGCUUUGGCGUUUACCGCUCUUAUUAUGUGGGGACAAUCGCUUUUGUUGUUGCGAUACUUUAAACGCCCAGCAACUUAUAUUUAUAUUAUAAUGAACAUUUUGCAAAAAAUUUGGCCAUUCUUAGCAUUCAUGUUAAUAGUUGUUUUUGGUAUAGGUCAUGCAAUGUACCUACUUUUACGAAAUCCACCUCAAAUAGAUCUAGUUGCUAGCGGACAAAGUUAUUUAAUUUUAAAUGCUUCAGAUCCAAAUUCGCCAAAUUUAUUUCCUGAUGUUAUGGUCUCACAAACAUCCGAUCCAUUUAGUAUUACUGAUAAUUACUUUUCGAAUUUUUGGAAAUCAAUUGAAAGUGUUUUCUUUUGGAUUAAUGGUAGAUGGGAUCAACUUAAUCAAUGGAAUUUUAUACCUAUUGACAUAGUAACUCUUCUUGCUAGUAUUUUACUUACCACAAUCAUGCAAAAUAUGCUGAUUGCAUUCAUGACGGGAGCAUUUGACGAUGCUCAAUCAUCGGGUGAAGAUGCGGUUUUAAAAUAUAGGGCAGAAUUAAUCGCAGAAUAUGAAACUUUGGAAAAACUAUUUGGACCGUCACGCGAAGAUCCACGUUACAUUUAUUACGUUGGAAAAGCUGAUGAUUUAACUCAAUGGUUAUCAAAAGCAGAAGAAUAUCGGUUAACUCAUAGAUCUUUGCUUAGUGAGGAUGUCGAUUUAACCUCAGAUUGGAUUGGUAGUGGAUCGGGAAGUAGUAAUAAUAAAAGUCUUCGAGCAGUCGAAGAGAAAAUUCAACCUAGCAUUGACGAUUUACAAGAAAAGAUUAAAGAGAUACUUUGUAUAACAUUGGCUAUAAUUUUCAAUCAACCAUAUGUUAUCUUCACAUUUCCGUUAGCAUUGCGUGGCAUGAUUAAUUUUCCAGCUGAUAAAAAAUCAGGAGGUAAAAUGCCUGAAAAAGAAGUAAAACACGGUUUUUUAACCGCACAAAACCGUCCACGUGCUAAGAUUUCGAUUCACGAUCCAUUAUCAUUAACUAGCAGGUUAAGACUUGCUAUUCGUGCUUUGCCACUUGAAGUAGUUCCAUUGGUAGUGGUUGUUACUGCAAGUGUUGGUGCUGGUACUUUUGCAAUGAUACAUAAAUUGUGGACAGAUUCACAAUUGAGAAGGUUUCCUGCUUUUGAAAAUAAUAGAAGGUUUCCCGCUUUUGAACAUAAUAUAAGGAAUAAUUAA